AUGUCUUUGUUAGAUAAAGUUGGUUUAUUUGAGAGUGAACAAUCAUAUAUAUCAAUAAUAUUCACAUAUAUUUUUCUUUAUGUAUCCAUAUUCUAUUUUCGAUAUUACCUUGACACAAACCGUUUACCUGGUCCAGUUCCCUUUCCGAUCGUCGGAAACUUACCACACUUGAUUCUCUCGUUACUUUACGCGAGAUUCAAUUUAUCCCAAGUGAUACAGAUUCUACACGUAAAGUAUGGAGAGUUAUUCCAACUAGAUAUUCCAUUCUCUUUCAGAGACCCGGUUGUUGUAAUUAGCAAUGCGCAAAUUGCAGACCUGCUUUUUGAUAGCACAUCGGUCGCGAAAAGUAAGUUUCAUCUUCGUACAAGUCCGAGGCAGGGAAUAGAUGAAUUGGGUAUAUCGAGAAAAGGAUUGUAUUUUAAUAAAGAUACGGAGAGUUGGGUUAGAAAUAGAAAGUUUCUCGCGAAUGGUAUUUCGUCGGUCGAUGUCGCUAAAGAUUGUGUGGUGUAUGCGAGAAAAGCAUUUAAAGAGAUGGAAAAAAGUUGGAUUGAAAUUGAAUCGUUCAAUGAAGAACAUUAUCGAGUUGCCAACGUGAAUAUACGUGAAUGGAUAUUUCGAUGGACAACCGACAUAAUAUUCAAAGUGACAACGAGUGAAAACGUCAAUUCAAUUCAGACAUAUAAGAAGACAAUACUUGAAACAAUUAACAUCGAUAACGAGAAAUCAGGCAUCAAUUCAUCAUUUAAGAAAUUGGCGAAAUCCUUAUCAAUCGCUAUUACCGAUGAUGAAUCUAGAUCUAGAAGGAUAAUCGACACCGAGAGAUUUAUACAAAAUAUACAAGAUUUUUUUCCAGCUGUAUGGACUUUCUUAGCAACGCCUAAAUGGACACGUGAUUAUGUGCCACAUGUUUCAACAAUGGCACGACGUUUCAAGGAAAGUUUGGGAAUGGUGAAUAAAGAGCUGGCAAAGAUUGUCAAGGAGAAACGUGAGGAGAUUAGAAUAAAUCGUAGCCAGGCUAAAGAAGUAAAGAUGGACUUUUUGACAAUGAUGAUUACUUUCGAAAAAGAUAAAGUGACACUUAGUGAUGAUGAUAUUCGAGAGAAUUUAUUGCAUACUAUGGCGGACGGAAUAAAUACCGUAAGUUAUUAUGGUGCGAAGACGAACCCUUUCCUGUGA